CACGAUGGAAGGGGGAGCGUACGGGGCGGGCAAAGCCGGGGGCGCCUUCGACCCCCACACCCUGAUCCGGCAGCCGCACACCAUCCUGCGCGUCGUAUCUUGGGUCUUCUCCAUCGUGGUGUUCGGCUCCAUUGUGAACGAGGGCUACCUCAACAGCUCCUUGAAGGGCGAGGAGUUCUGUAUCUACAACCGUAACUCCAGCGCCUGCAGCUACGGCGUGACCGUGGGUGUGCUGGCCUUCCUCACCUGCAUGCUUUACCUGGCCCUGGACGUGUACUUCCCGCAGAUCAGUAGCGUCAAGGACCGUAAGAAGGCCGUCCUGUCCGACAUCGGCGUCUCAGCCUUCUGGGCCUUUCUCUGGUUCGUGGGCUUCUGCUACCUGGCCAACCAGUGGCAGGUCUCCAAGCCCGAGGACAACCCGCUGAACGAAGGGACGGACGCGGCCCGGGCCGCCAUUGCCUUCUCCUUCUUCUCCAUCUUCAGUUGGGCUGGCCAGGCUGUGCUGGCCUUCCAGCGGUACCAGAUUGGCGCCGACUCGGCCCUCUUCUCCCAGGACUACAUGGACCCCAGCCAGGACUCCAGCAUGCCUUACGCCCCCUACGUGGAGCCCAGCACUGGGCCGGACCCCGCCGGCAUGGGCGGCACCUACCAGCAGCCGGCCAACGCCUUUGACACCGAGCCCCAGGGCUACCAGUCACAGGGCUACUGAGCCACAGUGACCGCCUGCUCCCGCCUGCCCUACCCCCUGAACCUGUGCCCCCUCCCUCCACACCCAGCCCCCUGCUCCCUCCCAGGCCACCCUACCCAGUGCCUCUUCAGCCUCGAAGUUGUCCUACUGAGUUCUAGGGGGCUUGAGGUGGAAUGGGGGCAGCAAGGCAUUUGGGGGGUGUCUCUGUGUGUAUGCGAGUGUGUCCAAGGGCAUGUGCCCAGCAGGGGUCCAGAGGGUGGUGGCCAGGAGGUGCCUGCAUUUAUUCAUUACGUCAUCCAGCAUUCAUUGAGCACCUGCUG